UAUAAAAAGUAAAGGAAUAUCAAAUAUGGUACAAUUUUUGUGGUGAAUAUAAGAUCAGAAACAUUCCUUGUCUCAAGGUUAGGUUUACUAUAUAAUGAGAAAUGAAUGCAACAAAUGUGCAAUGAUUUUGAAUUGACGACUGAUUGUAAUGAUUUAAGAUGGAGAUUGCAAACAAUAAACGUCUACAUACACGCCAAAUAAUUGGUAUUUUUCCUGUACUAGAAUUAGAUACUGAUGAUGUAGAUAUUCCUUUAAAAAAUCCGACUAUAACAUAUUUGGAUAUUUUUUUUCUGGUAUCUUCAAUUGUCAUGCAUGUUGUAGACAUGGCAAUUGACAUAAAUCUUGCUGUCAGAUAUUUAUUAGCUAACAAAAUAACAUAUUUUGUAUGGACAACUGUUUUUAUUUUUCUACCUUCAUUCAUAAAUGUCAUAAUCAGCAGAAGAAUGCAACGACAAGAUGAUGAGAGAAGUACAGAGGCGCAUCAAUCGGAGUUUAAGUGUGUACAUACAAUGUUAUCAAAAAAAUUAUAUUGUAUUAUAAUUAUAGCAUUUCAAUUAGCACCGGUGCUGCGUUACUACAAAACUUUAAAAUAUGCUAUCAAAGCAUAUCAGUUUAAGAAACAAGAAAAUCGAAAUGCUCAAAAGAAAUAUUAUCUCAAAAUGCUUAAAGAAGAUCAAGAUGUUGCAUUGUUGAGAGUAUUUGAAUGUUUUCUUGAAGCAGCUCCUCAACAAAUUUUACAACUAACUAUAUUACUGAAGAAUUAUCACAGCAAUAUCAAUUUUGAGUUUAUUCAUCAAGUAGCCAGCAUCCUAAGUUCACUUGGAAGUAUGGGAUGGGCAAUGGCUAGUUACCAUCGUAGCAUUAGAUUGAUUCAACAAGAUAAGUUAAAUAUUGGUAUUACAGGAACAGUUUUACAAUUUUUAUGGCAUUUUUGCACAACAGUUUCAAGAAUAUUGUCUUUAAGUGUUAUUGCAAGUAUAUGGCCAAUAUAUACUGCCAUUGGUAGUCUUUGUCACUGGAUAGGUAUGACUACAUGGAUCCUUAUUGAUUCUCAUGGCAUACUAGAAUUCUGUAGAAAUUAUAAUCAUGCUCCACAUUAUACUCCGAAAAUUAAAGAACGUAUCAAUUCCUUUUUCUUUUCUUUAGUUAUUGGUGUAGUUCACAUAUUUAUAUAUUUAAAUGCUGUGGAUGGUAGUACAUUUCUCAAACAUGUAUUCUUUUAUAUAGUCUGUUUCCUUGAAAAUAUAACUGCAACUGUAUUCUGGAUAUAUACAUCAUCAGAUGAAGUUAAAAAUGCCUGGUACUUCCAUGUACUAAUUAUUCUGUGUAUUAUACCCUAUUUGUUGGGUAUAACAGCCAUGAUUGUUUAUUACAGUGUUUUUCAUCCUUCUUUGAAACAUCAAAAUUCUCCAACUACAUAA